UGGAAGCCGUGAGGAUUUAACCGAAUCUUGGUGUCCGUAAAAUCUUGCACAUAGUAAUCAAACCCUCAACAGAAAAAUACAGCUCCACACGAUUCAAAUCUUCUAUUUUUUCUUUUCGGAAUUUUCAAUCCCUUCAAGUUCAGGUGUUGGAGUGGAUUUUAGAAUAAUGUUGUUUCAUUUUCCUAGUAACCCAAACAGGGUGCUAUGUCUUCGAAAGUAAAGAAAUUCAUUUGUUUGAAUUGGUGGAAAAGUUUUAUAAUUGAAAUGGUGGAGGAGGAAUUAGUACAACUUUAAGUCCGAUUGUAUGAUGGAUCGGAUAUGGGUCCAUUUCAAUACUUGCCUACUUCUACCAUUGCUAUGCUCUAGGAAAGAAUCGUUGCUGAGUGGCCCAAAGGUGAAUGCUUCCGCUUUCUCUAUAAAAAAUAAAAAGAUUGCGCCUAAGGGAGCCAAUGACAUCAAACUAAUAAAUACCGGGAAAAUUUUGGAGAAUAAUAAGAUGGUUGGCCAGUGUAGAGUACCUUUCGGUGAUCUCCCUAAAGCAGUCAACGCCAUGCAUGUUGUUGUCCAGCCAUCUGUAACAAAAGUGAAAACAGGUUAAAAUGUGGUCAAUCUUUGUUUAUGGUAGAAAAGGAGGAGGAUGAGGUGCCGAGGAAAAACUUGUAUCCGUGUUCCAUAUUAUAAAAUAGAAAUUGGUGCUGAUUCAAGAGUCAUGCUGCUGAAAGGGCCUCAAGGGUCGCGGGAAGCACUAAACAGUAGCAGAACAGUGCUAUCCCUCAUUGUUACAUGGUAUGUUCGAUGGCAUUCUCGAGUAACAGUGCCAUCCUAAAUGGGUGUCUCUUGCAUUUGAUAGCCGCUUUUAGUUUUUAUUUGUUCACUUGAUUAUAUUAAUCUAUAAUGGAAAGUUUAUGGAUUCAUUGACAUCUACACGAUCCUCUUGGAGCCAUGACUUUGAUCCCAUCUCGUUAUAUUAAGACUGGGGAAUAGAUUUGGACCCUUUCUGAACC